CUUGUCCAAGAAGCUCUGAUUGACCCCGCAGCAGACAUCACUGUUAUGUCCCAUGCUGUGUUCAAUCAACUUCUGACAUUGCUACAAGCCAGUGGCCGCGACCUUCAACUGCAACGCUGCGCACUAACUACUCGUGCUUUUUCAGUAACUAAUACCGAGCUAAACACAGUAACUAUGCUCCACUGGACAAUUGGCCCCAUAACAUUAGUCCACCCGGUCUACAUGUCUCCAAUUGAAACCGUCCCCCUGCUCAUCGGCCAAGACCUGCUCUGCCGGUUCGAGCCACUAAUCGAUUACAAAAAUCUUCAGCUGUGGGCGCAGGUGGAACAGGCAUUACCACUACCAACUCUGCAACUGUCCUCAGGCCGGUGCCUGGGGUGGGACCACUCGGAGGAUGGCGACCUGUCAGCCCACACUCCUUCAAGUAACGACACCCCCAUCGACGACACCGCCGAGUCCCCUGUAGCCACCUUGCCACCGCUGAACCGACUAAGAGAACUUGACAUGUUUUUCUGCCAUCUUGUCCAACCACCGCACAAAGAGCGCUACGGCCCCAAUGUUGCUGGUGGAAUUAAUUUGCAUGACUGCACAACAGACGAACAUUUUGUUUUCCCGUUAACACCGUGCCACCGUCUGCCGUCACUGCAGUGGGUGUAUGCGCCCUAAACCUACAAUGGAACCACCGCUCAUUAACUCAUUGCUUCCUAGUAGUCCCCAAUUUGCCGCAACCGGUUGACGAUCUUACAAAAGGGGGGACUACACCUGUGAUACCAAGCAGGCCCGCCAGGGGUCGCUCCUGUGACACUGGACUUGCUCUCGACCUUUUGAGGCCACUCGACCCUCUAAUAAAUACAAAAGUUGUGCCCUUCGAAAAUCAAUUUGUGGACUCUGCCCCUAAACAAUAGACUGCAUUUUCAGCCAUCACGCUGACCUUCAUAGUGACUUCUCUACAGAGCUGGCCCGGUCCGUCGAGGGCCGCUAAGUCAUCUUGCUUCUUCCGUGACUUUCACACAUGCACGGCUUCAACAGCACAGGACGUGGGGUUUGUCUCUCCUUAGAGACCUCAGACUCAGCAGCAUCCACUGGUGAUGUGAGCCUCCUUCUGUGCUGGUCCCCAGCCUUCCUCUUCUGUUCCACAUUGUUCGUGAUGGCGAAGUUGCCUGCCUUUUUUUGUUUUGUCUUUCUGUGGCUCGCCGUGACCGGCGCUCCUUCUCUUCUUCGUUCCUGCGCGCUGCGCAAGCUUGACUUCGGUUUCCCCUUAACUUUGUACCUGCGCAUUCGCAUUAUCGUGGACUUUGGUUGUUGCGCUUCCGUGAAGCGCACUUCACCGCCAUUCGUGGCCUCACAGUGCGAAAGGGAGGGGGGGGUCAUACAAGACUUUGCCCACGAUGCAUCAUGCACAAAACGGAGGAUGGUCCACACACCGUGACCAGACAGGUCAAGCAGGUCCAACCUCUGUGACAGCAUCCUUGCCACGCCAAGGACUGCACCAGUAACUUCUGGGAUUUGUGGCCUGAAGCCCAUGAAGGAUGGGUCGUGGUGUAGAGCAGAAGCUACACCUACCAGAAGCUACCAGGUUACUAUUACUCAUACGGAAAUUGUUGGGUCCAAGUGGCUAGUCAACACACCAGCCCUAAGCGCAACGCUGAGUUAUGACCACCACGACACCACAACGAGACUCGCCCUGCCAAAUCAAACCAUGUGGCUCGACGUCCCCAAAGAUGCCAUUUUGCAUAUUGAGGAAGUCGCCUUCUACCACCUGCCAACCGAAAAUUAUGAGAGCGAGAUUUCUAACUUUUCCGGACAGUACAAAUAGGAAGUUGAUCCUGAGAUGCUUACACAGAUUCAGUUUAAAGGAACUCAGGAACGACACUACAGACAUGGGUUCAUAAGACAGUCUGUGACUCGACUGGGAGUUAAUAUUUUAAGAACUUUACAUGAACGCCACUAGUGACUGUAUUGCUGCAAACUUGAAUGUCUAACCUCGAAUAUGUUGUUAACUGAACCAGAUUAAAUGUUCCUCCCCACACCUCAAAUGUCACAUGGAAAAUAGUAAUGUUCUCCACACCACACAACAUUUGAAACAUUCACUACAGGUAUGAAAGAGGAUGAGUGUGGAAAAAGCGGGCAGGGUGAGGAAAUGGUCUCGUUAUCUUAAAUCCAAUAAUUAAUAUUUAAUUCCACUGGUUUUAAAGCAAAAAAUAAUCCUAAAAUGGAAAAAUAACGCCAAAAGGCAGUCCAGCCCUUGGUGUUCGCGAAGGUGGUAGAAAAGGGGCCCCCUUUUGGACCCGCUCCAGCCGUAAAAGGGGCCGGAGCUGGGACCCGGAAAGAAGUUUUUGGAGUUUUGGUGGAGAAGUCUUCCUUUGGUCUCACCCUGACCAACUCGCCAACGACCGGGCCAGGCAGGACGCCCAUCUCACCUGAGGUGGCAAGGACUCAUCGGAUGAUCCCCAGCGCUCCGAGCCACCCUGCUUGGGGGCCCGAACUCAGUCCGAGGGAACGUCUGGCAAACAGAGACACCCGAGAGACGUCCUGCCUGGGAACUCGUUGACCUCCUGCUUUUCCUCCUUUUUUCCUUCCUCCCUUCCGUUGAAUCCACCUGUUCCCGGUGCGGCCGAACACUCGGGAGCCUGACUCGCCUGCCUCAAAUGUGUUCCAAACAUGGCCUCAGUAUGGUACACUGGAGAAGGCGUGGCACGCGUUCAUGCAGGCAGCCGAUCGGCUCAGUGAGGUGCAUCAGGAGCUCCGUGACCGGCUAGCGGCAGAAGACAGUGAGAAGGUGCGAAAUUGGCAGAAAGAAGCCUUCCACAAGCAGAUGAUUGGAGGUUUCAGGGAGACAAAGGAGGCUGACGAUGGCUUCCGCAAAGCACAGAAACCCUGGGUCCGCAAAUUAAAAGAGUUGGAUUCAAGUAAGAAGAGCUACCAUCAGGCCAGGAAGGAGGAGUGGUCAGCUGUUAACAGGGAAACACAUGCUAAGGCUGACCCAUCUAAGUCUCAAGAGGAAGUCCGCAAAUAUUCGGCCCGUGUGGAGCGCUGCAACCAGGAGGCUGAAAUAGCUAAAGUGCGCUAUGAAAAGGCUUUGGAAGAGCUGAACCGCUGUAACCCUCGCUACAUGGAGGAUAUGGAACAGGUGUUUGACCUCACCCAGGAAGCUGAGCACAAGAGGCUGUGCUUCUUUAAAGAGGUCCUGCUGGAUAUCCACACGCACCUCGACCUGUCCAGCAAAGAAGGUUUCCGAGAGCUGUACAGGGACCUGGGUCAGACCAUCCGAGCAACUAAUGAGACAGAAGAUCUUCGAUGGUGGAGAAACACCCAUGGACCAGGCAUGACCAUGAACUGGCCACAGUAUGAGGAGUGGACUCCAGAGACAAGUUGGACCAUCAGCAGGAAGGAGCGAGGUAGACAUUCUGACGACAAAGUAGUCACCCUCACCAACAUCGUUUCCUCGGGAGGAAAUGACAUCCCACCUAGUCCCAUCACCCAGAAUGCUAUCAGGGUUGCAAAAGAUGAUUCUUCUGACUGGUCAGAUGAGGAAAACCCAAAGAAGUUGGCUGUGAACGGUGUUGGUGAAGCGGGGCACAGAGAGGAGCAGGUAGAGGGUGUCCGUGUCCGAGCGCUCUAUGAUUACUCGGGCCAGGAGGCUGACGAGCUCAGCUUCAAAGCAGGUGAGGAACUGCUGAAGCUGAGUGAGGAAGACGAGCAGGGCUGGUGUAAAGGACAACUGAGCAGCGGCCAGACGGCCAAUGGUACAGCUAGACUCAAGAAACCAGGACGAAUCCCAAAGCUAUCGGUGCUGUCAUUGAGGCAUGGCCAGACAAUGCCGGAUUAUCGUCUAAAUCCCAUCACUGAGUUGUUCUUUUUUCUUCUCUAUUUUUCUGUUGAUCACAUAAAGAAACACACAGAAAAUCUCGUUUGAAACAUGGAAAGAAUCACCAAGCAAUUUCGAACAGGUGUUAUCAUGUUUGCAUGUUCUCCCCGUGCCUGCGUGGGUUUUCCCCGGGCACUCCGGUUUCCUCCCACAUCCCAAAAACAUGCAUUAAUUGGAGACUCUAAAUUGUCCGUAGGCAUGACUGUUAGUGCGAAUGGUUGUUUGUUUCAAUGUGUGCCCUGCGAUUGACUGGCAACCAGUUCAGGGUGUACCCCGCCUCCUGCCCGAUGAUUGGCUCCAGCACGCCCGCGACCCUCGUGAGGAGAAGCGGCUCAGAAAAUAGAUGGAUGGAUGUCUAGAAAAUAAGUUGGAUGUCAAUUAGUGGUAUGCUCUGCUCGUUAGCUCAUAUGCAUUGACUUUGCCAAAUGCUAGCCAGGUGCCACGCUAAACUAACCUGUGGCAACCCUUUAUGAAAUGUAGCAAGAGCUUUAUAAUAAUCAUUUUUCAACACUAAAAUUAUAUGAAAUAUUGAAAAAAAAGUUAUAUUUAAACAUAAGAAUAUAUGUUUAAAACACAAAGUAUGAAUGUAGCUGUAGUUUGCUUUGCUUUUUCUUGUAUUUGUUCCCAAUAUAAGGAGGAAUUUUGUGAUAUUGAUUCAAGUCAAUCUGACGCUGCCACCUUCUCUUACCCCCUUUUGGUUGGUUUUAUUAAUCUAUCUUGGUUUUUAUUAAUCUAUCUAUUUGUAAUUGUAACACUUCAUUCACUUUACCUUUGUUCUGCGUUUAAUAGUUUAUUUUGGUUAUGUUAGUGGAGUAUUUUUUUUGUUUACAAUCAGUUAUGGUUUCCUUGAAUCUAACCACUGUAUGUUGUGGAAUACAACCCCAAUUCCAAUGAAGUUGGGACGUUGUGUUAAACAAAUAAAAACAGAAUACAAAGAUUUGCAAAUCAUGUUAAACCUAUAUUUAAUUGAAUACACUACAAAGACAAGAUAUUUAAAGUUCAAACUAAUAAACUUUGUUUUUAGCAAAUAAUCAUUAACUUAGAAUUUUAUGGCUGCAACACGUUCCAAAAAAGCUGGGACAGGUGGCAAAAAAGACAGAAGGUUUUUGCCAUUGUGGAUAAUGGCUCUCGCUGUGGUUCGCUGGAGUCCCAAAGCUUUAGAAAUGGCUUUAUACCCUUUUCCACACUGAUAGAGCUAAUUACUUUCUUUCCCAUUUGUUCCUAAAUUUCUUUAGAUCUCGGCAUGAUGUCUAGCUUUUGAGGAUUUUUUGGUCUCCUUGACUUUGUCAGGCAGGUCCUAUUUAAGUGAUUUCUUGAUUGAGAAGAGGUGUGACAGUAUCAGGCCUGGGUGUAGCUAGACAAAUUGAGCUCAGGUAUGAUAAACCAGUUAUGUUUUAACAGGGCCAUGUCGGUUUGGAUUUUUUUUUUCUCCCUUAAUAAUAAAAAACAUUUUAAAACUG